UGUUUGUGUGUGAAAGAGCGUCCUGGCUGGGCGUCCAGAACGGUCCUGGUAAUGCUGAGACAGACGGUGAGCGGGAGGGUUUAUUUUUGGGUCAGUGACAGUGUGUCAAUGGCCGCAGAUGCGUCGGAAAGGAAGGCUCUGAGAUACAAGCAAACCCUGCUCUAUGGCGAAUACCAGGAGAACCAGGGAGGCUCCGGCAGACGGGAGGCCACACGCCUGCUGACAGAGAGACAGAUCAAGAAACAUGGCAACCAUCCACGCAGUCAUGGCCGGACGCGGCAUGGACAUGGCCGCCGUAGCCAUGGCCAAAAUGGAUGCCACAGUCGUCAUCAGCAUGGCUACCACAGCAGGCAGAGGAGCCGGCAGCAGUCCAACAUGGAAGCUGAGGCUGCCGAUGAGCAACUGGCUGAACCCGACCUCACAUCCUCGAUGAAGAAGAAGCGCUCCUACUCCAAGUGUAGAGACUGCAUAGCACGGGUGCAGCGAUUCCUCGUGACCAGGUUAGGAGAGGACUGGAUCUUCCUGGUUCUGCUGGGCAUCACAAUGGCACUGGUCAGCUGGACGAUGGACUACGCCAGUGCAAAGAGCCUGCAAGCCUAUAAAUGGAUUCAUGGGGAGCUGAGGGGAAACAUCCCCCUGCAGUACCUGGCCUGGGUUUCCUAUCCCCUGAUGUUUAUCCUGUUCUCCUCCCUCUUCUGUCACCUGGUUGCUCCUCAAGCUAUAGGUUCUGGUAUCCCAGAGCUGAAGACCAUCCUGAGAGGUGUGGUGCUGAAGGAAUAUCUGACUCUCAAGGCCUUUGUUGCUAAAGUCAUCGGUCUGACUGCAGCCCUGGGGAGCGGUAUGCCUGUAGGCAAAGAGGGCCCAUUUGUUCACAUCGCUAGUAUCUGUGCAGCAGUUCUCAGCAGGUUCAUGUCCUUCUUUUCAGGAGCUUAUAAGAAUCCAUACUGCUAUACAGACAUCCUGACAGUGGGCUGUGCUGUUGGGGUGGGCUGCUGCUUUGGUACUCCACUUGGAGGUGUGCUCUUCAGUAUAGAGGUGACGUCCACAUACUUUGCUGUGAGAAACUACUGGAGAGGAUACUUUGCUGCUACAUUUAGUGCCUUCAUAUUUAGAGUGCUGUCUGUGUUUAACAAAGAUGCAGUUACCAUCACUGCUCUGUUCAGGACAAACUUCCGUAUGGAUUUCCCUUUUGACCUGCAAGAGCUCCCGGCAUUCGCCAUCAUUGGGAUCUCCUGUGGGUUUCUGGGGGCGUUCUUCGUCUAUCUCAACAGACAGGUGGUGCUUUUCAUGAGACGACCCAAUGCAAUGACGCGCUUCCUGACCAAACACCGGCUGAUCUUUCCUGCUGUGGUAACGCUCGUCAUCGCCACUUUGACCUUCCCACCUGGGUUCGGACAGUUUAUGGCAGGAGAGCUGAUGCCCAGAGAGUGCAUCAACUCUCUGUUUGAUAACUUCACUUGGACGAAGAUUUCGGGAUCUCCUCCUCCGGUCGGUCUGGGCCGCUCCACUGCCUGGCUGCACCCCAAUGUCAGCGUCUUCAUCAUCCUGCUGCUUUUCUUCCUCAUGAAGUUCUGGAUGUCUGCAGUGGCCACCACCAUGCCCAUUCCAUCUGGGGCCUUCAUGCCUGUCUUCAUACUCGGUGCUGCGUUCGGCAGGCUGGUUGGGGAGAUCAUGGCCACCCUGUUUCCUCAUGGGAUUGUGUUUGAUGGUAUCCUCUACCGCAUCAUCCCUGGAGGGUACGCAGUCAUUGGAGCGGCAGCAUUGACCGGGGCUGUGACUCACACCGUGUCCACAGCGGUUAUCUGCUUUGAGCUGACAGGUCAGAUCUCCCACAUUCUGCCCAUGAUGGUGGCAGUAAUCCUGGCCAACAUGGUGGCCCAGGGCCUGCAACCCUCCCUGUACGACUCCAUCAUCCAGGUCAAGAAGCUCCCAUACCUGCCGGAGCUCGGCUUCGGACACAUUAGCCAAUAUAACAUCUUUGUGGAAGACAUCAUGGUGACCAAGGUGAAAUUUAUAUCCUCCCAGUCCACAUAUCGAGAAGUCAAACUCCUGCUGGACUCCUCCUCACUCAAAUCAAUCCCCCUGGUCGACUCAAAAGAUUCCAUGAUCCUAUUGGGCAGCAUCGACAGGUUGGAGCUUCUGGCGCUCUGUGAUUGGUGGUUGUCUCCAGAGAGAAGGCUGCUGAUGCAGGGUCGCAGCCUACAGGAGCAGAACCUGCCUCACAAACACAGCUGGGAGUCAUUUGCCUUCGUAGAUGAGGAGGGAGAGGAGGAUGGAGACAAGGGUAGUGCAAUGCAGGAGGAGAGGAACGGCCCACUGCCUCCUCCAAAGCCUCAGGAACCUUCUUCAAACCACACUGCUACUGUCCCUGAAAAAGGUCCUCUGCAGUCUGUGAGGAAAACACUCAGAAACCUCUUCACCUCUAAGAGCAGACCGGCAGAGGGGCAGUCGCAGGAGCCUUGUCCUCCUCCGCUGUCAGACACAAUGACACCAGACGAGAUCAAAGCGUGGGAGGAGGCAGAGAUGGACAAGCCGAUGGAAAUCGAUGAGAUUCGAGUAGACCCUUCCCCUUUCCAGCUGGUGGAGAGAACAUCAUUACACAAGACCCACACGUUAUUCUCGCUGCUCGGCCUCAGUCAUGCUUAUGUGACCAGUAUUGGCAAACUGGUGGGAGUGGUGGCGCUGAAAGAGCUCCAGAAGGCCAUCGAGGGCUCCACUCGCUCCGGCGUCCGGCUCCGUCCUCCUCUGGCCAGUUUUCGUGACAUCAGCAACCACAACUCUGUCUCUAAACCUUCUACUUCCACCGCUCCUUCCUCUCCGUCCUCCCCUUCGCCUCCCCUGCCACAAAUUGCCUCCCAGCCUUCCCCCUCCUGCCCCACGACCCCUCGACCUCCCCGCCAUCAUCACCAUCACCCCCACCUUGACAGUGACACGGAGGGGUGGAUGGAGAGCGUGUCCAGGGAGGUGGAGGAGAGCAGCGUCAGCGACAGUGCAGGAAGCGGCAGCAGCAACAGCAGCUCCACCAGCAGAAGCUGCAGCUACAACAGCAACCUCCCUCCCUCUUCCACUCCUCCCCCAGUCCCCUCUCCCUCCACUCCUCCUCCUCCUCCUCCUCCUCCUCCUUCCUCUUCCAUCCUUCUCUCCACCCUGAGGCCCCUACAGGGACUCCUCGAGGGGGAUGAAGACAGCGAUGAUGAGCCAAUGGUUUAGCUUACACGAGUGUUUUUUUUUAUAAUGGAAAACUUUUUUAAUAGUCUUGAGGUUUUUUUUUUUCUUCUUUUUCUGUUCUUAAUUUGUCGCUCUGGUCUUUGGACACUCAUUUACCUCUUUCUGGUGAUUCUGCUCAUUUCAUGGACCUUCGCCUUGUUUUUGUGGAAAAAAACACACCCUUAUCUCCAGUUUUCCCACCCCAACUUCCUUCUCUUACCUGAAUAAGCUCUGUUUGUGUGUGUGUUUUGAUACUUGUUCUGCCUCAUUUUCUCAUCAUUUUCUCAUUCAUGUUGUUUUUCACGUCUCAAAAGUUCAACCAGUGUAGUCUAAACUCCAGACUGAGGUUGAUUCUUUUAGUGUCUAAAGCAGCAAAUAAGACAAUUUUGGCACUCCAAAACUGCUCUUUGGUUGACUUAACCCUAAAAAAAACUCAUCUAUGUAUUUCGAAGUUGCACAUUUAGACAGUAAUUCCUUCCUGCCUUAAAAUGGAAAGGUGAAGUCCACCACCUCUCUCCACCUGCAACCCAAGCACACCAGCUCACCUAUAGCUCUGCUCAAACACUGUACACCUGCGCUGUGCUACACAAUAGCAAGGUGUAAUAUAGGAGUAAUUCAGCCAUACAUGUUAGGAACCGAUUCUAAAGAAGAAUAAUGAUCCAGAAAGUCCCAUCCUACAGUCACAGAAUUAGUUUCUUUAAUUUGUUACGUGUGAAAUCCAGGAAGUCUGAAUCUGUGUUUUUGAGACUGUCGUCGGUACGCUGCAGUUUGGAAGUGGAGAUGUCUAGCCAUUGUAUUCACUGCUUAUUUCAGUCAUUAAAUGUCUUCUAACAUAUAAAAACACCACAUGGACAUGUAAAAAAAAAUCAAAAACAGAGGUCUUUAAGGCUGCUGGGUAUGAUUUUGCAUUUAAAUUAUUUAGAAUUCACUCCAAAACAUUACUGAGGAAUACAUUUCCUGGUGUUAUUUGCAUUGCCCCACUUUGAAAUUGGACUCAUUAGUCAAAUCUCUCUUCUUUAUGUUUUCAUUAGCAUAAUAUGCCUUGUUGAAAAGAAAUUGAAAACUUUAAGUGAACCCACUGAACCCCUGCACAGCAGCUCUGCAUUACUGGAUCAUUUGUGUCUUUAAAAAAAACAUUUUAUUGGAUAGGAGCGGAGCCUAUUGAUUUUUUUUUUUUUUUUUUUCAACUGGCAACAGAGCAUCGGGGUGGCAGCAGACUAAUGGAGCUGCUCAGUCCACUGUGGAAGAUUGGCCAAAGCCCCAAAAUGACCUCCAAAUUGUGUGCUGACCUUGUGGAUGUUGCCUCAGAGCUCAUCUCAUCACGCUUAAGUUGAUAGAUGGUGCAGCUAAAGGCGCCUGACGACAGCAAAACCUCACCACACACGUCCUCAAGGUUUUUUCCCCCCAUUUGCUCUUGCAAGGAUACCUCCCAGAUUUAACUGCCAUCACUCAUGACUACUUUAAAAAACUUUGAUUUAUGACAGUCAGGUCGCACAAACAAAAAGCUUUUCAUUCCGUCAUGUAAUGGCUCAUAUCUGACAGAAUGACAGCUGACGUUCUGUCACAUAGCAUCCAUAUGUUGAAGAUGAAGACGUAUGUUGACAGAUUAUUUAUAGCCAAUUAAGGCUUUAAUUAGCUUAAUGAAUUACCUCAUUAGUGCAUCUAUUUACCAUAGAAAUGCCAUCAUGAUUAUUAUGGUAUAUGAAGCUGUUUAUGUGAGGCUUCCUCGACUCCUAAUCAAGCAAUAAAACCUAAGGGCAACCUCAGAAUUGCAAGUGCUAUUUGAACAGUACUGCUCGUUUAUUUAUUUAUGCUAAUGUGUGCUCAUAAUGGGAGCAUUAUGUUUUGGAAUAGGGUUAUUCAGUCUUUUCAUGGUCAUCUAAAAGAUGUUGUUUAAGUAAAUAAGCAACUUGGAAGCAAAAAGACUCCAGAAGAGUCUUGGAAAUAAACAGUUAUAAUGAUGAUUGUGUGAAUCGAGAGAUUUGCUAUACAUCUUCAUAAACACUGAGAAAAAUGAACGGGUUAAAAGAGGCUUAAAACAGGUUUGGCAUUAAUUGGUUGUCUCACUGAGCUUACAGACAAACUAUUGAAUGAAUGUUAAUGUGAGAAAUAUCACAUUAUACACACAUGAAUGCAGUUUGUGCCAAACUAUUGUAAUUCCUACUAGCAGACAUUUGAUUGAUGUAUAUUUCCCUGAAUAUCGAUGUAAAAGUAAUUCAAGCGAGCUUUUCUCACCACGUCAUCAAAUACAUGGCCACAAAAUAAAAAUAGUAAUAUACCAAUGUAAGUUUUAAUUAGAUGAUUUGGGUUGACAUAAUAAUGACAGUUACACCAAUUUGGCAUUUUGUGUGAUUUAAACUCAAAAUAAUUGAGCUAAAGCUGAGUUCAAGUAGGUACCUUAAUGAAAUAAGGUUAAUAACUGAACGUUUCAAGUCCGUUACUGUCCGUUUCUCAUCAGUCUCCUCUUGCAUCGUUCUUCUCUCCUCAUUUUCUCCUGGACUCAGUUUCCAAAUUUCCCCUGGAGUGGGGGGAAAUAAAGAACUUUAUCUUUAUCUAUCUUAUCUUAUCUUUCUCAGGUGCUGCCUUUAAAAGUCUUUAAACCUGCAGAUUUAACUGAAAGCUUUUUCUUUCUGUCUGCCUGAAUUAAAGCGUCUGUUUCUUAAGGAGAGGUGGACGUCUGUGCAGGUCUCCAAAUGCUCUUCCGUCCGUCUGUGGUUGUGGUUAAUGUAUUUAUUUAAUAAUAUCUUUGUUUCAGUAGAGUCUAAAUGUCAUCUCGAAAUUUAUAAAACUGUGAACCGUUUAGCUAAAUAAAGUUUUAUGGGAAAUGCUUUAA